CACACACACAACAAAAAAAAAAAUCAAAAAAACAACCAAUCAAAAGAGAGAAAAAUAUUAGUUUUUUUUUGUUUCUUGAUCUAUUUCAAGUUUUCAACAUUGAUACUAAAAUUCAUUGUUAUCAAUUUUUUCAAUCGGUUUAUUUUGCGAUUUUUUGUACCGAUAGUUUCAAUUUUGGUGCUUAUCCAUUUGAUUCUUUAACGAGAUCUACCAUUUUUGUUUUGUCUACUUUUUCUACUGCAUUUAUCGGCGGGUCGCCGACAGAGUUUUCUUGAUUCCCCGGUUAUUUCUUUUUAUCUUUGUUAUUGAUUCUUUCGGUUAAUAGACAAGUGAUAAUAGCUGGAAAGUUUGGCAGCAGUGCGUCUGGUGUUUUGCUGUUCCUUUCUUUUCUUCACGCGUGGCGUUCCUCUUAAUGCUUAAAGCUCUGUUUUUCUAACUGGUUUUGGAUUUGGGAAAAAGAUAAAUGGAUAUGUACUGUGAAGUCAAUGGUUUGAUCUAAUUUCUGAAAAAUUCAACGUCAGCAAAUAUUUUUAAAAUUUAAUUUCUUCGUAAUAAUCCUCUGUUUUACCAUUACCAAAAAAAAAUUAAAAAAAUGAUGCGAAUGAAGACCAAAACCACCGCUAUGCCACCGAUGAUGAACGAUAAUUCGGCCGGCGGUAGAGACCGUGCUGCUGCCGACAACGAAUGGGAAGUCCGACCCGGUGGAAUGUUGGUUCAGAAGCGUAACCCGGAUGCGGAAAACCGUCCUCCUCCACCUCCGAUUCGGGUCCGGGUUAAGUAUGGGUCAAUUUACCAUGAAAUCAAUAUCAGUCCUCAAGCAACUUUUGGUGAAUUGAAGAAGAUGUUAACGGGGCCGACAGGGCUGCACCACCAAGAUCAGAAGUUAUUAUACAAAGACAAAGAAAGAGACAACAAUGCUUUCCUUGAUAUUUCCGGUGUUAAAGAUAAGUCGAAGAUUGUUGUAGUUGAAGAUCCACUUUGCCAAGAGAAACGGUACCUUGAGUUGAGAAAGAAUGCUAAGAUGGAGAAGGCUGCUAAAACUAUAGCAGACAUCAGUUUUGAAGUUGAUAGGCUUGCUGGACAGGUGUCUGCGUUCGAAUCGAUAAUUUCAAAAGGUGCGAAAGUUGUAGAGAAGGAUUUGGUUAAAGUGAUUGAGUUAUUGAUGAAUCAAUUGCUUAAAUUGGAUGGAAUUGUAGCUGAAGGUGAUGUUAAAUUGCAGAGGAAAAUGCAGGUGAAAAGAGUACAAAAAUACGUUGAAACACUAGAUGUGUUGAAGAUGAAAAAUUCAGCACCAUCAAGAAGCGGGAACCAUAUUCCGAAACAAGAAUCCUCCCCAUCUCCUCAGCAGCAUCAGCGUAGGUAUUCCAACGAUCAAGCAUCAUCCCCUGUUCAAAACCAGAACGGCAGCAGGCGUUCAUUCGCCAAUUCGCCUACACCAGCGAAACAUCAGGAGCCAUCCAGGCACUCAGCCUCGGGUUCUGUUGUGAUAACUACACAGUGGGAAACAUUUGAUCCCGCACCAGGGCCAUUACUGGAUCAUGACUCAACCACGACGCCAAGUAAUAAUAACAAUCAUGCUUCCUAUGCUCAACCUCGAUUCAAUUGGGAUUUGCUUUGAAAUAGUAAGUCUUGGUAGAAAGAAAAAAAAAGUUUUUAUCUUUGCUUAUUAGUUUUAAGGGACUGUUUGGGUGUGAAAUUUCUUGUUUCCACAAGUUGGUUUGGUUGGUACCUAUUCUCCAAUUCUUUUUUUGUAUGUAGAUUUCCCUGUUUCAUAUGAUCAUAUCAAUAAUUGGGAGUCACUACAUAAGGUUCCAUCAUGCUAUAUCACCAAUUUCCAAAUUGUAAUGUUUUGUCUUGUUGAUAAGCCAUGAUAUAAUAGGAGGCAUUCAUAUGUAGAAUGUUGAUACUUUGAAAUAUGAGUAGCCAAAAAUUAAAAAAAACAUUUGCAUUUUUCUCAA